AUGGGUGAAACUACCGUUAACGGCGACAAGCCUCAUUCCGCAUUCCUCUCGGUAGGCGUACAAGCCCACUUUGCGCUCCCUGUCCUCCCUGCAUUCUCCUGCCCAAUUGAUGUGAUUACUGACCACGACUUCUUCUUCCAGCAUCUCGCCUCCUACCCGAUUGUGUCAGACUCCAUUACCACCAUCAAGGGGAAUCCCUAUGGUGCCAAAUCGAUCGAUUUGACCAAUGCCGGCUACGUCAAGUUCGUCAAGCCUACCUUGCAUUACUUCGAAACCCCAACUGCCUACGCAAAGCCCUAUGUGACCAAAGCCGAUGAGCUUGGUGACCAAUUCCUCACAAAGUUCGACAAGAAGGUGCCCAUUGUCAAAUCCGAGACAAAGGAGAUCCAGAGCACAAUUAUGAACUACCUCAAUUGGCCUCUGGAAACAGCCCAUACUACCAAGGAUUGGGCUUUGAGCACAUACAACGAGGAAUACAAGAAGUGUGGCGGAGAAGGCUACGUGGCUGGCGGCAAGGCUGUCAUCACCACUUCCCUGAUCAUGAGCUCCGAUAUCCUCAAAUAUAUCAGUGCCGUCCUUCGGUCUAAGAAAGAAGGGGCCAAAGAAGCGGUUCAGGAGAAGACCAGCAAAUAA